AGCAUACUGAAUAGAAUGAAAAUACAGUCUCAUUAUUAAAUUUAUCUUACAAUUAACUGCUCCGUGCUGCUUUAAAAUCUACGGAUUACAGAUCACAGACUCCUGAAGAACCUUUUAUUCUUCACCCUGAAGAGAAAGCAUGUUCUCAGCUGAGGAAGAAAUGGAGGAAAUGAACCGCUACAGUGUACACAGUGGAGAAAGCGAUCUUCUGAACAUCAUUCAUGUUAAAGAGGAAGAAACUGAAGAUGAAGACUACUUCUACUGUGAGAUUUGCAAAUCCUUCUUUCUCAAUGAGUGUGAGGUUCAUGGUCCUCCUCUCUUCAUCCCUGAUACCACCAUUCCCAUGGGGGUCUCCGACAGAGCCAGACAAACCCUUCCACCUGAUCUACAGGUUCGGGAGUCCGGUAUUCCUGAUGCAGGCCUGGGAGUCUUUAACAAGGGGGAUACUGUUCCGGUCAGUGCACACUUUGGACCGUACCAGGGAGAACUGGUAGAGAAAGGGGAAGCCAUGAAGAGUUCCUACUCUUGGGUGAUAUACAAGAGCAACCAGUGGAAGGAGUACAUAGAUGCCAAAAGUGAGAUGAAUGCUAACUGGAUGAGAUAUGUGAAUUGUGCUCCUAACGAUAAAGAGCAUAAUCUGGUGGCUUUCCAGUAUCGCGGGGGCAUUCUCUAUCGAUGCUGUCAACCCAUUAAAAAAGGAGAGGAGCUGUUGGUGUGGUAUGAAGAGGAGUACGCAAAAGAUCUUGGUGCUACAUUCGACCUUCUCUGGAGGAAAAAGUGCUCAGCUAAUGAAAUGAACGAUGAAGUAAAUAAGAUUCCCAGAAGCUCAAUUGACCAGAUAACAUCCUCUGGACCUACUCAUCAGACCUCUCAUGGACAGAUGCAUAAAGUAAUGUACCACUGCUUAGAUUGUGGGAAAAGUUUUCCUCGGCUAAGUACUCUUGAAAAACACCAGCGCAUUCAUACAGGAGAGAAGCCGUAUCAUUGUGCAGAGUGUGGAAAAAGUUUUAAUCAAGAGAGUAAUCUUCAAACACACCAGCGCAUUCAUGCUGGAGAGAAGCCGUUUCACUGCUUGGAGUGUGGCAAGAGGUUUACUCACCAGAGUACUUACCAAAAACAUCAGCGCAUUCACACAGGAGAGAAGCCGUAUCAUUGUGGAGAGUGCGGAAAGAGCUUUUCACUCCAGACCACCCUUGAGUCCCACCUGCGGCUACACACUGGAGAAAAGCCGUAUAAGUGUCCUCAGUGUGGCUUAAGUUUUACUCAGAGGAGUAAUCUCCAACGCCACGUACGCACUCACACAGGAGAAAAGCCACAUCAGUGCUCACAGUGUGGCAAGAGCUUUACUCAGCAGAGUCACCUUCAAAGACACCAGCGCACCCACAAAGGAGAGUAGCCACAUUGAUCUGGACUGUGUGUAUGAAGCUUUACUAUUUAAGUACAUUUAGGACACUAAAGAUAUAUAUAUGUUUAGGGGAAAAAAGAACCUGUCCUCUCUGCCACCCCAGAUUAUAUAGUCAGGAGAACUAGAACUGAGAUGGUGGGCAAAAUUCAACCUGCCAGUAAAAGAAGGUCUUGUACUUGCUUUUCGAUCAUGCCUCGGGCCUCGGAGGACAUACCAAAGGACGUUGGUGAAUACGACUGGUUUGUUCAUUUCCAAAACUAUUACGUUCAAAAUUCACCAACUUCUUCAAAAGGGUCAUAACUGUAUUUUCGUAAUAUUAAAUGUAUUUUUGCAAAAUGUUGUUGUUGUUUUGACUUGUAAAGGCAAAAUAUAUUUUGUUGUACAUUUGCCUUAAAUAUAAAAUAGUUUAAUAAAUAAACUGUACAACAUUAACAGUAUGUUAAAACCCUUUGGGCAAUCCAAUUUUUUUUCUUCCCUAGUUUUUAUGGUUUAGAAAAAUAGUGAGUAUAUGUAAUCUAAAAUAUCAAACAUGGACUUUUGCAGUAAAGAAAAGUGAAAUAAACUAGUCUUGAAGGAAGCCCCACUCUUUGGCACGUUUGCAUUGCCUUAGCAUUCAGUCAAGCAGCUUUAUGAGGAAGCAAAGUGGGACAUUAUUGUCCAUUUGUGGAACUAAAGCAGCAUGAUUUCUCCACAGUUUGAAAUGUUGUCACAUCUAUGUACCCAGAGCCAUUAAAAAAAAAACAACCUUUUACCUUUAGAAACCAUUUGCAGAGAAUUUUAAUGUGGGGAGUUUACCUUUAGCUUUUAACCCCACAACGACUAAAGAAAGUAAGUCAUCUGAAAGAAAGUGGAGGUGGAUAGUUGAUCAUGUUUAUAUUGAACUGUGUGAAAAUAUGCAUUAAACAUUUUAUGUAGCAAAUACAUUUUA